AUGUCUUCGAUUAUCACCAGUAUAUUGAGUUCCACUGUGGGAUUAUUGUGGAACAAAGCCCGAGAUGCGACUGCUAAAAAGCUGAAGGACGGUGAUAUUACAGAUGCAAAACUUCGUGAAAUAGUCGUGAGAGAACUCAACGACGUCAAAACCAAAAUUGAUGGUCUCUCGCGCAAAGAUCUGCUCAGCAGCUACAGUUUUCUACAGGAAGGAGUACAGUUACUCAUUGUUUCUCUGGAUAAGUCGAAAGACGAGCAGAAAGCUGUACAAAGCAAAAUUCAAGAUGAUCGCGGUCAAACGUCUAGAAUGCCGAGAGGUGACGAGUCACUAGCAGAUAUCUUGAACAAAGCCUUAGAACUUUCUCACGUGAUGGGAAAGCUAAAGAUUGUGUCAAAAGACUCUGAAUCUGCGAAAGAACGAUUAAAAGAUGCCCGUAAGGAAGCAACCCAUGCGUUUUGUAAUGAAGCAUUGAAUGUUCAAGACCGAAUCUUUGCAGCGAAACUCCGUGUCGUUUCGGAGAUACUGGAAUGUCUCGACAAUCUCGACACAGCAGCUACUUCGUGUCUGUGUUUUUAGAAAAGCUCCAUGAUUUAUCCGCCGUUCGCGAGAUAUUUUCGGUGUAUCUCGGUGGUGGAGUUAAGUCCAUCUUCAGUAAGGCUGAACGAGUUGAAAAUGUCAAAUCUGUCAUGAUGAUCAACUACGUUUUAUAUCAAUUUGUUUUCAAAUUCAGCAGCAAGUAUUGUUCGGCGCUCGUCUGGCCAACAAUUCAACUCUCUGAUCGCAGUUUUAACCCAAUAUGGAAUUGGCAGGAAGUUUCGGCAAGAAAAUCUUGGGGCAAAGAAUUGAUCCAACCACACAGCGAAAUGAAAGUCGUAUCAAACAUCGAUCCGUAUAAUACUGCUAUAAACAGUCGGGGCGAGAUAGUCGAAGGGCAUCAUGAUGACAUUGACAUCAUCUCCAGAAUAGGCGAAAGAAAAGUGGUUUAUGAAUUUUCCGUUCCGAGCACAAAGGAUAAAAAAGGGGAGGUUAUCAAAGAAUAA